CCCACCCGGAAGCGUUUACUCCGCACGCGGGUCAGGCUGAGAGGCCCGGUAUGGAGCGGCCCGGUAUGGAGCGGCCCGGCGGUCGGAGCUGCUCGGGCCCGGGCCCCACGCCCACGCACGCAGCCCCCGCCUCGGUGAGCCUGGCGCAGCUCCUGCAGCUGGUCCAGCAGGGCCGGGAGCUCCCGGGCGUGGAGAAGCGCCACAUCGCGGCGACCCACGGCGAACCCACGGCGUCCCGGCUCCCGCCGAGGCCCAAGCCCUGGGAGGCCGCGGGAUCGGCAGAGGACCCCGCGCCGCCGCCCUAGACCCGGGGCCCCAGAUGCCGCCGACCCUCGGGUACCGGUAGAAGAACCGCGUGGAGGGGCCCUGCGCGGCGAAGGCAGGAACUGCGCCUUCCUGAUGGCACGGAGUGGGUUCCUGAGGCUCGAGGUCCUUUGCCUCUUAGACCUGGAAAGCGUGACUGCGUCCUGCAUCAACUCGGACCCCGGAUACUGGCCACCGUCAUUCAUCUUUUGUGCAUUUGCCCCGACGGGUCUCAGCUGGACUUAAGCCUCCUGGGAGCGUCGUCAGGGUUGUCUUGUAUCCGUAUUUCUGGACCCACGGUCCUCAUUAAAAAAAUGUUUCAGUCCUUAUAGAGAUUUGAUAAAUCUUAUCCUUUACUGAGAUUCAUAGAUGUGUUUUUGUUUUCAAAAUACUGCUGAAGACACACUAACGGGGUCCAACCCACUGGGAACAAUUGCGUUAGUAAUGUAUGAGAACGUCAGUGUUUAUCUCCCUGGUUCAGCUUAUUCUGGUGGUUGUGGAAAUGAAUUUGGGAUCCAGGUGGUGUUGAUUUUAGCCAUUCUCCAGAUCAGCAGCU